AGAACGAAAUCUUUAAUUCAUUGAAGCGAAAAAAAAAGGAUCGGGAAGUUCUUUAUUUUUCAUAAUAGUAAUAAGAACAAGAGGAGGAUGAGAAAGGAACUUUUACAGCAUAAAAAAUUUUCCAUUCUUUUGAUUCUUCAUUUAUUCAUUCAACAGACAGACAAAAAAACAUUUUCAUUGUCUACCAAACCGAUUUCUAAUUUUUUUGAUGAUCCAACAUUUUUCAUUUCUUUUGUUUAUGGUCAUUAUUUAUUCUUUCCUUGCAGAUAGAAUGAAGAUAGACGACAUAAAGAUGGCAACCCCAAUCGAAGAGAAAAUGGAUCAAAAUUUAAAAGACGCUUUUUUACAGGUACGUACCGGAAUGGUUAUGGUAAGUGAUGGAAAAAGUAAACCAGAACUUGCACGACUACAUCUCACAAUGGAAGUCAUUACACUUCAACGACCAGAGCAAGUUCAAGCAAUAUCACCGACAGCAGCAUUGCUGAGUAAUCAACUUAGUCAGCCACCAUUAGAAUCGAAAGAGCGAAUGGUUCAAAUAACGAGACAAAAAGAAGGUGGACUCGGAUUGAGCAUAAAAGGAGGCUCCGAACAUAAACUUCCAAUUCUAAUCUCACGCAUUUAUAAGGAUCAUGCAGCCGAUAGAACAGGACAAUUGUUUGUAGGUGAUGCAAUAAUAAAAGUUAAUGGUGAAUACAUAACCGCCUGUAAUCAUGAUGAUGCUGUGAAUAUCUUACGAAAUGCGGGCGAUAUAGUCGUUCUAACAGUCAAGCAUUAUCGUGCAGCUACGCCUUUCCUACAGAAACAAUUAUCACGCGAUACACCUGAAUCAGAUAAUGAUGCAACAUGUGCGGAAUUGAAGGCAGAUGAAGGAUGGCGUUUAGCUCAAAAUAAUAACAACAAUAAUAAUAAUAGUAGUAGUAAUUCCUUUAGUGGAAAUCCUCUAAUGAACAAUAGUAAUGGAAGUAUGAAUAAUAAUUCGAAUCAUCGUCCAAAUUCUCUCUGUUCCGAGCCUGAAAUUCGUUGGACCGAUAUCGUUUGUGUUCCUUUAAUGAUGGCUUAUGUAACACGAUAUAUUUACGGAACCGAUAAGCUCAGAACGAAUGCAUUUGAAGUGCGUGGAUUGAAUGGAACAACAACUGGUGUAAUACAUCUAGAUGAUUUAGCAAUUCUCAGUUCAUGGCUGAAAUACAUUACCGAUAAUAUUACAGGCUUAACCAAUUUACAGAUGAAAUUGUAUAAUCGAAACUUUCCUGUUGGCGAGAGGAUAGAGUAUAUGGGAUGGGUGAAUGAAGGCGUAUUGAAGAGCCAAAUCUCAUGGCAAACUUACAUACCACGAUUUCUGGUUUUGAAAGGAACUGAAGUCUUGCUGUUCGAUAAUCCACCAUUGAAUAUUUCGGGACUAAAUAAACCGAAUGUGGCAUAUAAAGUCUAUCAAACAAUGUUUCGAGUUGUGAAGGAAUCUGAGACGGUAGAUUCACGUCAACAUUGCUUCUUACUUCAGUCGUCCGGUCACGACCCAAGGUACUUGAGUGUUGAAACACGACAAGAGCUUUUACGUAUUGAAAACAGUUGGAAUGCAGCGAUUGUGACGAGUGUCAUUAAACUCGGCCAAAAGACAUUUGCGGUAUCGUAUCAAGGUCGUUCCGGUGGAUUAACAUUAGAUUGGCAAGCAGGAUUUUCAUUACACGAAAGUGGAACGGAACCAAAUGCUGUCAGCUGGCAAUACAAAUUUUCUCAAUUACGCGGAAGUAGCGACGAUGGAAAAUCAAAAUUAAAAUUACAUUUUCAAGAUCAAGAAACUCGAUCGAUUGAGACAAAAGAGCUUGAAUGCCAAGUUCUUCAAAGUCUGUUAUUUUGCAUGCAUGCUUUCCUUACAGCAAAAGUCGCAUCAGUUGAUCCACAAUUUUUAAAUUCCAUUCAACAAGCUUGAAAUCGACAUUUCUUUCCUUUUUAAGAAGAAUGUUUUCAUAUUCUUAACCAUUACGUCUUUGCUUCAUAUCUACGAUAAAUGACGUAAAAUAGUAAAAAAAUCUUUCAUUUUUAUUCGCGUAAAGUUAGCAAAGCGUAAAAACGAAAAUUUGUAUAAGCAGUGCAAAAAAAAAGGCCAACAGUGUAACCGUUUAUCAUCCAACAAUGCUUACCCAUUGUCAAUUAUCAUCAUGAUCAUCAAUCAUAUCCAUUUCAUUUCACAGUACGAUUGUCACCAUUGAAUAAAAAAAUACAAGAAGUAAGAUAAUAGAAUCAUAAAUUUAUAUCAAAUAUACAAUUUUUUUGUGGAGCUUCAUGUAAAUUGAGAAUUGACGUUUGAAUAAGCAUAGACAAUGAGAAUAUAUAGUAGCUGACAAAAAUUCUGAACAUUGAUAAAAAGAUAAAAGUUGCCAAAAAAAAUAUGUUGCGUAAUUUUCUGAGAAUAUUUUUUUUAUUUUUAUUGAAUGUCAAAAAAUAUGGAAAAUGCUACACGUGGAAUGAAUGUGUGUAGGGGAUUUCGCGUGUGAGAUAUAAAUACACGAAAGUAUGCAAAAAACUUGACUGAUUUUUUUAAGUGAUUUUUUUUUAAGAAAUUCCAGAAUCGCACUUGUUAUAGCUUAGUUUUUCCAAAUCAAUAGUAUUUGUUUAUUUGUGAACAAAGUUUAUCAAAUUUAUUGAAGUUUAGAUAAAAGCUUGUAAG